CAACACUCUUUGGAAUCGUCACCAGUGUUUAUCGUCGUGUAAAAACGAGUUUUCUUUCAGUAAACCUAAACUACGCAGAACAAGUUUCAAAUCAAAAAUGGCAGCAAAGAUCAUCUUCCUAGCCGCCUAUGUGUCCGUCGCCUUGGCCCAGUACGCCGCGCCCGCGGCCUUCUACAAACCGGCGUACAGCCCGGCCCCGGUGUACGCUGCUUACAAGCCGUACGCGGUCGCUGAGCCCGCUUACCCGCCGGCCCCAUACAACUUCGAGUACGCCGUGAACGACUAUCAGACUGGUGACGUGAAGAGCCAAGCCGAGGCCAGCGACGGUAAGACGGUGAAGGGUUACUAUAGCCUGGUCGAGCCGGACGGCACCAAGAGGAUCGUCGAGUACACGGCCGACGACUACGGGUUCAACGCGGUCGUCAAGAAGGAGGGCAGCCCCGUCGCGUACGCCGCCCCAGCAUACAGGUCGAUCGCCGCCGCACCGGUGUACAGGCCGAUCGCCGCCACGUAUAAACGGGCAUACUAAUGUCGUGAGAACGACAGAACAAUCCGACUAACAUCACAUCAUCAUAUCGGUAUCGUCGGCAGUUACGUCAAUCCGACAGCCACCACCGCCACCGACGCCGAAUCAUUCUCAUCCGUCAACCGACUCGUUAUGCUAUCAUUGCGUUAUCACGCGCGUCACCUGUUGCAUUAGUUUUAUGAAUAAAGUACGUGUACAUUUACUACA